AUGCUUUUAAAAAUAUUUCUUCUUUUGUCGCUUAUCUUACACAUCAGUGCCGCAGCACUCCCGGCUUGUCAGGUGCUGGGAUUAAGUACCGGUUUACAUGUGGACUAUAUCACUAAUGCAUACAAGUAUUGCGGUACUACUGAUGGCUCAAAUGUACCUUGUAACUCAUACCUUGCUACCAUUAAUCAUGAAGCAGCAUCUGAAACAAUGGAUAAUGUGCGUAAUCUUACAUUUGAUAUGUAUAAUGGAGUCAAUACUGCUGCUGCUAAUAAUCAGAACCUCUAUGGCAAAAUUGUUAAUGUCAAUAACUUUGGUUUGAGAAUAACAGGUUAUUACUAUGCUCCCCAAGAUGGUACAUACACCUUUAAUUUAGUUAACUUCGAUGAUGACAUGAACUUGUAUUUAGGAAGUUCUACAGGAAGCUGUUGCGGUGAUCUAAGUCAAAUCACAGGGGAUACCCCCGUAAUGACAGCUGACGUUACAAAGGACGCUUCAAAGUCAUAUCUGGUCGCACUUGAGAAAGGUUAUCAUCCCAUCAAAAUAGUAUUCCUUAACUGGGCAGGGAAAUCCACGCUCAAAUUCAAUGUUAAACAACCUGACGGGUCAGUUGUAACCUCCGAUGAUUUUCCAGGUUAUUCAGUAAAUUCAGGUACUACCUGCGUAGUCGGUACGGCAACCAUCACAUCAACAUGGGCACAAACGUUUUCUUCUUCGUAUACCACCACUCCCACGGUUGGCGGUAACGUUACUGCCACAGUUGUAGUUGAAGUUCCUCCUCUAUCGACUACCACCAUCACUGGUUCUACAGCUACCACUUACACUUCAAAACUUGUGUCGGGAACAUUGACGACGAGUAAGGUCGUUGUGGUUGAGCUACCUCCAUUAUCAACUACCACUACCACUGGUUCUGUACCGACUACAUAUACUUCAGAAGUGAUAAAAGGUUCAUCUACUACUAGCGAGAUUUUCGUGGUUACUGUUCCAUUAUACACAACUACUACCACGGGGUCUAUACCGACUACAUACACUUCACAAGUAGUCAACGGAUCUUUUACCACCAGUGAGAUUUUCGUGGUUACCGUUCCUUUAUACACAACUACUACCACCGGUUCAGUGCCUACUACAUACACUUCACAAGUGGUCAACGGAUCUUUUACCACCAGUGAGAUAUUUAUCGCAACCGUUCCAUUAUACACAACAACUACCACUGGUUCAGUCCCCACUACCUAUACUUCACAAGUGAUAAAAGGGUCGUCCACCACAAGCGAGAUUUUUGUGGUUACCGUUCCUUUAUACACAACUACUACCACUGGUUCUGUACCGACUACAUACACUUCAGAAGUGAUAAAAGGGUCGUCUACUACCAGUGAGAUAUUUAUCGCAACCGUUCCAUUGUACACAACUACUACCACUGGUUCUGUACCGACUACAUACACUUCAGAAGUGAUAAAAGGGUCGUCUACUACCAGUGAGAUAUUUAUCGCAACCGUUCCAUUGUACACAACUACUACCACUGGU